GGUGGUGGACCAACUAGAGCGGCGCAGCGUCAACAUGGCGGCUGGGCUGCGGAAACGCGGCCGGUCGGGUUCCGCGGCCCAGCCGGCGGGAGUCUGCGGACAAUGGCUACAACGCGCCUGGCAAGAGCGGCGCUUAUUACUGCGGGAGCCGCGCUACACGCUGCUGGUGGCCUCCUGCCUCUGCCUGGCAGAGGUGGGCAUCACCUUCUGGGUCAUUCACAGGGUGGCAUACACAGAGAUUGACUGGAAGGCCUACAUGGCCCAGGUGGAGGGCGUCAUCAAUGGCACAUAUGACUAUACACAACUGCGGGGUGACACUGGACCUCUUGUCUACCCGGCUGGCUUUGUGUACAUCUUUAUGGGACUUUACUAUGCCACUGGCCGGGGCACUGAUAUCCGCAUGGCACAGAACAUCUUUGCUGUGCUCUACCUGGCCACUUUGCUACUUGUUUUCUUAAUCUACCACCAGACCUGCAAGGUACCUCCCUUCGUCUUUUUCUUCAUGUGCUGCGCUUCUUACCGAGUCCACUCCAUCUUUGUGCUGCGGCUCUUCAAUGACCCAGUGGCCAUGGCGUUGCUCUUCCUCAGUAUCAACCUCUUCCUGGCCCAGCGGUGGGGCUGGGGCUGCUGCUGUUUCAGCCUGGCAGUCUCUGUGAAGAUGAAUGUGCUACUCUUCGCCCCUGGUUUACUGUUCCUUCUCCUCAUGCAGUUUGGUUUCCGUGGUGCCCUCCCCAAGCUGGGCAUCUGUGCUGUCCUUCAGGUGGUGCUGGGGCUCCCCUUCCUGCUGGAGAACCCCAUUGGCUAUCUAUCCCGCUCCUUCGACCUCGGCCGCCAGUUUCUCUUCCGCUGGACAGUAAACUGGCGCUUCCUCCCUGAGGCCCUGUUCCUGCAUCGAGCUUUCCACCUGGCCCUGUUGGCUGCCCACCUCACCCUGCUCUUGCUAUUUGCCCUCUGCAGAUGGCACAGGACUGGGGAAAGUAUCCUGUCGCUGCUGAAGGAUCCCUCCAAAAGGAAAGUUCCGCCCCAACCCCUCACACCCAAUCAGAUUGUUUCUACCCUCUUCACCUCUAACUUCAUUGGUAUCUGCUUCAGCCGCUCCCUCCACUACCAGUUCUAUGUCUGGUAUUUCCACACACUGCCCUACCUCCUGUGGGCCAUGCCUGCACACUGGCUCACACAUCUGCUCAGGUUGCUGGUGCUGGGGUUCAUUGAACUCUCCUGGAAUACGUACCCAUCUACAUCCUGCAGCUCAGCUGCCCUGCACGUAUGCCAUGCUGUCAUCCUGCUGCAGCUCUGGCUGGGUCCACAGCCUUUCUCCAAGAACAUCCAGCACAGCAAGAAAGCCCACUAAAAUCUACCCUUUCCCUCCAGUUCACCCUCAGCACCCUGGGUGGGAUAGACACUGUGCUCUUUAAAAUAAACCUUUCCAAGUCCAUCUCUGUGCACCCUAUUUGGAGACAGGAGCACCUGGUCCCUGGACCCAGCUGUAAGGGGCAUGUACUCAGCAGAUAAAGAGCUCACUCAGGCAGUCUUUAGAGGCACUUUAUUGCAUAGGAUUUGGGGACUGUGGUUCUCUCCCCUUCCCCUGUAUUACACAGAGGAAGGGGCACAGGGUGGCAGGCACUUUUUGUGAGGGUAAGAGGAUUCUAGGGAGGGAAUGAGAAGCAGUGGAGGAUAGGCUGACACCAGCCUACCCCUUCCCAGCACCGAGCAGCUGGCCCUGGGUGGCAGUGACUUGAGUAUGUUGGGGACAUCGAUUCCAGUGGAGGGUGUGCCUCACACAUUUGCUGGACUGUAGCACAGCAGGUGCAGCUGCAGGUUCUGGUCCCAGUGGCGUAGUAGCAGGAAGAGUCCCCUGGCUGCAGCCUUGAGGGCAGCCAGGUCAAGACCAUCAGGCAGGUUUUGGGCCCGUAGCCAGCAAUCUGCCUUGGCUGCUGUCAGUUCCCACUCACUGAAGGCAGCAGCACAACGGUGCUCCAGCCACGCAAGUGCCACAGCUGUAGCCCAGGUACGACCCCGAAGAUCUGAGCCACCUAACCCUUCUGCCCCUUCUGAAGCCUCAGUAUCUGAACCCCGCCCACUGUCCACCUGGCCUGGACCCUCUGAGCCUGAGCUGGGGGAUGCGCUACAAGAGGCUGUGGCACUGUCGCCCUGGCCAACACCAGGGCCCAGAAGUGCCCAGGGAGAUGAGGCAGAGGUGGGGCUGAGGCUGGCACGGUGCACAGCAAAUGGCGAAGCACGACAGAGGCGCUCCUGAGGAAUAUGCACAGCAGCACAGAACGGUGCAUCCAGACGGAAGGAGCCUGGUGCUUCUUGUAGCCGCACCUGAGGAGAGAGGAGGUGGGGGGAGAAGUGAGCAGAGACAGCACCCUGGCUCUGGGUGACACUACCCUCCACCUCCCGAGUCCUCACCAAGGGCAGGUAGUCAUGGUCGCUGCCUUCACUGUUGCCUUCAUUGGCCUGACCAGCCUUGGAACUACAGAGUCUCCGUCGGCGGCCCAGACUGAGCCUAGAGGAAGGCUGGUGGGGCAGGGGGUGAGGACCUCCAGUGGGAGUUGUGGGCUCCCCCAAAGCUGAUUUGGAGUUGUCAUUUUGGUCCAGGUCCCAGGUGCCUACCAGAGAGACUGAAUUCCUGUGGUGGGACCAGCCAAUCCCAGCUGGUGGUCUCUAAGCCCUGAUAUCUCCUACCCUUUCCCCACAUUUGGGCUAUACCUUUAGGGUGGGCUGCAGUAGGCAGAGAAGUUACAUCCAGAUUGCCCUGAGAGGCAUAAGUGCCUGGGGGCUCAGCUGACUCUGGAAGGGCACAGGAGACAGGAGUAAGGUUUGUCUGUAUGGGUAGCUAGUGAGGUGAGAGCUGGACCUGAGAGGUCACCAGGGGAGGACUCCUACCUGAGCUCCGCACCUGCAGGACCCCAGGCAGGACCUCCCUGGUAGUGGCAUCCACAGCUACUGGGCAGGUAAAGCAGGAGGGAGCAGAGCUGACCUUGCUUGUCUGAAGGGCUCGAAGCCAGGACCUCCGGGCAUGGCCUGUGAAUCCAAGGAGCAGCAUGCUGAAUUCCCACCCUCUACAGAGGGCUGCAUAGAAAAACAAUGUACCCCACAUCUUCUCCCUCUGUCUACUUUUAAACAGAGUAGUAGAGUACCCUUUUUGGGACCAGAACUAGCUAUCACUCCCACCUUUGACAAGAAGUGGUCAAGCUGAACCCUCAACCCAUAGUGGAGCUUGGAACCUCUGACUACCCAGAAACUCACUAGACACUACCAAAGGAACAUCGCCUUGUGCCCUUUCCUCUACUCAUUUCACAGUGUCCAAAAGAAUUUUUCUGAGGGAAUAGAAAUUUUCUGUCUGCAUGAUCCAAUAUGGUAAUCACUAGUCACACAUGACUACCAAGCACUUCAAGUGUGGCUAGUGCGACCAAGGAACUAGAAUUUAAACUGUUUAAUUUUAAUAGUCAUUUCCAGAAUAACAGAUUUGUUUCUGAGUUGCAGCACUGAUAAUUGCAAAAUCAUAUUUCCCCCUGUAUUGGCAGCUAGGAAGCUUACCAAGUUUGGGUCCCAUGUUUUUAGGAGUAUAUAAUUUUAUGGUGUACAUCUUUAAUAUAACCUAAUUAUUGGCUCCCUUUAUUUUCAUUUCUCUCGUUGUCUUGCUUAAUUUCUGAUCUUGAGCUACCUUGAAUCCUUUAUGAGCAAACUGAGGAAAAGAGAGUGAUCUAAUAGAUGCCUUUACCUCUGCUGCUUUCUGUCCUAUGCCCUUGGGCCCCAGCUGGGCCACUAGCAACUCACCCCUGUCAGCUGUGGUCUCAGCCCCUCCUCGGAGAGCCAGCUGUUCAUUGUCUCGGACCACUGAGGCUGCUGUCAGUCGGUGGAGUGCUUGGUCCCACGCAGCUUCUCUUACAGCGACUGAUGGAGGCUGUGAGGCAUCCCCAGGGCCCCACAAUGUCUCCAGCCCAAUACCCACCUCCCAGCACAUAGGUUGCUCCCCACACAGGGCCCGGAUCACCACAUGGCAACGUGGAGCCUGGGGAGGCAGUGGCACUGCUGGAGGGGUUGGUUGCCUAUUGGGGGGCACAGCUGUGAACAAAAAGGGUGGUUCCAUCAACAUGUCCCAGUCCAUUGGAGCUGGGGAGAGCAGGUUUCCUGGGGAGAAAAGACAGCAGUGACAAUGGUGAUGUGGUGUCCCAGGCUCCAUCUCCCCAAGGCCUCCUUGAUAGUAGAGAACCCAGCCCCACUUCCAGCCCUUACCUGAGUCAUCCAGGCCCUGCCCCAGCUGUUGGCCUGACUCAAAGCCUUGCCCAUCUGGUACUGCACCCAGAGAGGGUUGCCGGGGUCGGCCAGGGACUGGGUUUGCCCGGCCUGGUGGGGAUGAGAGACUUCGGCCAGCCAGAGCCACUCUGUGCCUACGGCCCAGCACCUCAGCGCUCAAGGCUCCUGCCUGCAUGUGAGAUGUGGGGCCACUGGUCAAGGACUGCAGAAUCCCUGGCCAUCAUACAUACAUAGUAGUAGGCUACAUGCUCCUUGUCAUCUCUCUACUCCCUAUUUCCCACUUAAAGCUGUUGCUUAUCUGCUUUUGUUUAUGUCCCUUCUUUGCCUAGUUAAUUUCUUCUACUUAUUCUUCCAGACAUGGAUUUUACUUUCCUGACUCCUCUGACAGAAUUAGCCAUCCUGACCUGGAGCCCCUAUAGCCAUCACAGGUUGUUGCGUGGUGUCAUCAUUAUAAAUUUAAUCAUCUAUCUGUCUAGACUUAAUAAACAUUGCACAAUGUCUG